AUGGCAUACGCAGGAGAUUGGUGCCUCAUUGAAAGCGAUCCAGGCGUUUUCACCGAAUUAAUUAAGAGAUUUAAUGUUAGAGGUAUACAAGUCGAAGAAGUAUGGAGUUUAGACGCACAGACAUUGGAAGAAUUAAAGCAUGUGUUUCAAGCUUGGCAACCUGUAUAUGGUUUAAUUUUUCUUUUCAAAUGGCAAGGCAAUAAUGACAGUUCUGGAGCACACCCGGAUGCAGAUUUAAGCAUUGAUGAUAGUGUAGUUAAUAAUGCAUGUGCUACUCAAGCGAUCUUAUCCAUCUUGCUUAAUUGUCCAUCGAUUGAUCUGGGUCCAGAUUUACAAGAGUUCAAAGAGUUUACAAGAGAAUUUAAUCCAUACGACAAAGGUUUGGCAAUGACCAACAGUGAAAUUCUUCGUUCCGUCCAUAACAGCUUUUCUCGAUCUGAUCCAUUCAUUAUGGAUUCAUCUGAGUCAUCCUCGUCCGAAAAAGAAGAUAUUUUUCACUUUAUUUCAUAUGUUCCUAUACAUGGUGCUCUUUAUGAGUUAGAUGGUCUUAGUAAUGGUCCUGUAAAUCUAGGUCCAUGUACCGAUGAUGACUGGCUGGAAAAAGUUCGUCCAGUAAUACAAGAACGUAUGGCACGUUAUGCUUCAGCUGAGAUUCGAUUUAAUUUAUUGGCUCUUAUCAAAAAUCGGGAAGAUGUGUAUAAAAUGCGUCUUGAAACUGAUAUAAGUUUCGAAGAAAGAGAGGAAUUAUUACACAAGAUUGAAUUAGAAAAUAUCAAGUUUAAAAGAUAUGAGCGUGAAAACUCUUUACGUAAACAUAACUUUAUUCCAUUUAUAUACAACAUUAUUCGAAUCUUAGCAGAGCGUGGUGAAUUGGAUGCACGUAUAGAACAUGCUAAAAAAGAGAUGACCAAGAGGAAAAAGGAACGUGCAGAGAAGAAAAAAAAUGCCGAGGCUUCAGGCAGUAAGAAUUAA